ACGACAGCCGACACGCGACCGCGGCGCAUCUGUUGCUUGGACCGAGUGUGACAAAAAAAAAAAAAAACCGAAAAAAAAUCAAUUCAUAAUAGUAUUAUAUUAUUGAAAAUCGUUUCUCCAAAACACUUUUGCCGCAUACGCGUAUGCACGCAAUAGCGCCUGUGUAUUCUGUGCGGUAAACGCCAAGCCGUAUCCCGGCAGGGAGAAGCGGCAGUCGACGCCAUGAAAUCUUCGAGGGAAGCACUGCUGGCGUGCUUGGUCUUGGCCGCGCUCGCGUCUAAUCCGGCCAACGGCCAAGAUUGCCCCGGUGGCAUGCCCGUGACGUACGUCAAGUACAGUAACGCUGCACCCAGGUCUGUGGUGCAACCGAUUUUGCUGUACGCCAGUGUGCCCGGCGUCGCCAUCACAGCUGAAUGCUACAACAGAUGCCGGAAGUCGAUGGACUGCGCCGGAUUCAUAAUAGACUACCCGUCGACUUCGUGUUACCGGGUUCCGAACAUGGGCAGUUCGACGGACAACAUUGUCGUCAGUUCUAAUUCGAAUUUCUUCAGAAAAGCUUGUUUGCGAGUUCCCGACAGUUGUAACCGCAAAGCGUGGCCCGUCGAAGUGUCCAUGGACUACGAGCUGACCGGCUUCCAGUUUUCGGUCAUACCCAACGUGGUGGACAAGUGGCAGUGCGCCCAACAGUGUCUAGAUCAAAAUUGCAAGUCUGCCAACUACUACCGGAAGUCGAGGACGUGCUCGUUAAACUCGGAGACACGCCGGACCAAACCGGCGGCGUUCAGCCCAAGUCCGAAUCAAGUGGAAUACCUAGAAAACCAGUGUUCCGGUCUGCCGCCAGGCAUCAACGAAUUCCAAUCGUGCUGGCACGAACCAGUGUUCAACAGGACAUUGCAGCAGGUCGACUUGCAAGUGGAAAACAUCAACAUCGAACAGUGUAAAGAGAGGUGCGAGACGGAAGAGUACUUCACCUGCCGAGGCUUCACGUUCAAGUGUCCGACCAAUGCUUUCUACGGCGGUAGCAUUUGUCUAUUGCACAGCGACGACACGUUUACCGCCGGUCCUUUGAUCCCGUCCACGUGCGCCACAUACGUGGAACGGAUCAAUUGCAUCGACCUAAGCGUCUCGUGUAGCGACACGAUGAUGACGGUGGCGUUGAGAUCGCCGGGCUUCAAGGGCCGGAUGUUCGUUCUGGGCAGACCGGAAGAGUGCGGCGUCAACGGUCGACACAUGGACACCACGACGAUGACAUUGCCGAUCACGGAAAACCAUAUGCAGCGGAACCCGUGUGACGUACUGGUGGCGAGAUCCGGCCACAGCGACAGGAAGCUGGCCACGGCUGUGGUGGUCGUCCAGCACCAUCCGAUCAUACAGACCGUCGGCGACAGGGUGACCCGGCUAUCGUGCUCAGUUGGCUUGGACUCGAGGUACGCGUCGUCGCUGGGAUCAAGACCGCAGAACAUAACCUUGGACGCAACUUUCGGUGUAGCCGAACCCACCAUCCACAACACCGUGUACAACGACGGCGGAUUCGACGCCAACGGUUUAGUCGGUUCCGCCAACCUGGUAGCCAAAAUGAGAAUCUUGGAAGUGGGACGAGGCGCGAAAAAAGUCUCCGAAGUGACACUUGGCGAUGAGCUAGAGCUACGCAUCGACGUCAACCAUCCAUACAACGCCACGAAACUUAGAGCCGGCCAUUUGGUGGCCAGCUCGGGAGAUGGACUCGACUCGCUGUUGCUUUUGGACUGGCGAGGUUGUCCCCCGGAACCGGCCACAUUUCCGGUACUUGACUUCAUGCCACCAAACUCCAUGGUGGCCAGGUUCAAGGCUUUCAGAUUCCCUUCGUCGCCCGUGCUUCGGUUUAGCCUCAUGUUGAUGUUUUGCGAUCAAGACUUUUGCAAACCGAGCGAUUGUGGCAACGGACAGUUGUCUUACGGGAGGCGUCGACGGGCCGUACCGCCUUCGCCGUCGCCGUCAACAGUAGAGGGUAAAGCGAAAGAAGUACCGUUGCAACUGGCUAUUGUGGUGCGGUCGUUAGAGGAACAAGAAGAAAUCGCAGCCAGUCAAAAUCUAAUCAACGGCAACGCGUCAUCGUCCACCGCUGUCGAAGAUAGGUCGCCCAGGAAAUUAGUAGCAUCAGUUUUUCGCGCUAACGAAUUGUGUAUAUCCUGGACGACGGGCUUGGCUAUUGUAUUCAUUCUGGUCGCCGUGCAAACGCUAAUCGUUCUGGCCUGUUGGUCCUGUCUCAGACAAUCCAAGCAAAAAGCUCUGAACGACAGAGUGAUAUUGACUUCUGACUUUCAGCCCAGACACGUCACUUGGGCCGAUCACCAGUGAACGCGUUACCAUGUACCCUACCUACCUAGUUAUAUAUUUGUUAUUAAUAUUACAAUGAAAAUGUUUACCAAUUUUUUUUUUUCAAAUAACUAUGUAAAAUCAAAAAAUUAUUUUUAUAAAUCCCCGUUAUUGUAAUUAUUUAGAGGCAUUAAUGGAAUAUGUUUUCUUUUUUCAUCUUUGUAUUAUUAUAAACUUUUUUCGUCGGACCUACUGCAUGUGCUAACAAUUUUGACAAAGCCUUCUCUUUCGCUAGUUUUAUUUCAUUAGUGCUUACAUAAACGAUAAAUAAUCACGGUUAUUUUUACCACAUAUAUUUUAAUCAAAAUGCAUGAAUCACUAUGUAUUUUUUUUUUUUUUUUAUUAGCUGUUAAUAAUAUGAAUUAUGAUUUUCAAAUAAUAUACUCCGUUUUUGACCCUAAUAUCUAUAUAGAUUGUUUCAGUUCGUUAAGUGAUAAGAUGAUUUUAUAAUAAUUAUUAUUUUUAUGGAGUUUAAUAGUUUUAACGUAUUGACAUGUUCCUAUAUGACUUGCUGUACAAUAAAAUAUUAUAAUAACUGAUGGUUAGACGUUAAAAAGGACGUGUGUAU